UCCCCUUUCGGAACAAUGACGUGACGUAAUGGGUUCGUUUCAUAGAUACGAAAAUCGACCCGACGUAAAAGGGAAAUAGAUUAACUAAUUCGUUUCAUUUUGUUUUCAUUGAUAUAUUUUUAUUUAAAAGGGGGAAAUGCCGCUACCAUCUGAUGGAAAGAGUGUCUUAAUGACACCGGACCCUUACCACACACCAGGGUAUGGUGGAUUUUGUCCUCAGUUUAAAUACCAGAUUGGAAACACAUUUGGAAAAACUACGUGUCGAUUAUUAGGGAAUACAAAUGUUGCCAGUUCCGGAAAAUUGGUUUUGGCAGAUAUUCGAGCAAGCGCACCGGCCGCUUUAUUUUCUGGUAGCAAAGCUGACUUCCGGUCACAAUUGCUUCGUUCCAGAACUCAAAGCUGGGGUGACCAGAAACUAGUUGAAAGAAUGAUUCCAGGUUAUACAGGAUUCAUACCACGUAGCGAACAUUACUUUGGGAAAAGAUAUGCAGAGACAUGCAAAAGUGCAAUAGCAGAUUUUGAAGUCGACCAAAAAGAUUACGAUUCAAAGUUAAAGGAUUUAAAAAUAACGGAAGUGAUGCAACAAGGGAAGGAAGUCAAAGGUCAAGAUGGAAAAUCAAUGCCGUUCCAAAUCAAAACUUCAACAUUCAAAAUCACCUUUUUAUAUGGCAAAUGGUAACCCACAGAAGUGCUUCAUGUCCGGAUACACCGGGUUUGUUCCACGAAGCAGAGGUCAACUUGGAAUGGGUUAUCCAAUCAUAACAAAUCUUGCAUUGAACGAAUUUACAGACGAUAUAGUACGAGCCAAAUCAUUAGAUGGUUCAGGAGCGAGAACGGUAACUUUUAAAGAGACGACAAGACCUAAAUCAGAUGGAAAGCCAAUAUACCCAAUCGAAACAGGACUAGUACCACACUACACUGGACAUAUACCAGGCCAAAAAUUCAGGUAUGGUGGAACUUUCGGACACAGUACUGAGAAUGCAUUGAAAGUCCCCAAAGAAUUGACGAUGUCAGCUUAAAUUUGGAACAAUCACGAGAGUGAAAGAUAGUGAAGGAGAAAAGAAUAAACAAAACAAAAACUUAUUCAAAUAUCUGUGAUACCCAGCAGUAUUAUGUACAUUAUUUUUUGGCUUAUUUCAGCUGUUUUAUUGAGUCAUCUGUAUUUAUCAUUUGUGUUUCUUAUUUCAACCAAAACGAACGUGAACUACAUGUAUUUCGUUGAAUAAUUUCGGACGAAAACACUUAAGUGCUACUUCCAUUAAGUAUUAUACCUGUUGUUUUUGAUAAAUCAAAGCAACAUUGAUAUAUUUUAUUGAUGUGUUUAUUCAAUUUUAUACAAUCGGCAUUGCUAGUGUUUACAAUUUGCUCAUUUUCUUUUAUAAGUUUAUAUUGAUAAUGUGUUUAUGUAAGCUGCGGUAUUGUUUAACACUUUGGUUCGAAAUUGACAAAUCAAGUAUAAACACAUACAUGAAAACUCGAAACAUAAAACGGAACUAUUAUCCAUGUUUGUUUUCUUUGCAGUUCAAACAUAUGAAUGCAUUGAAAUGUUGGAACACUAGUGUCAAGCUUAAGACGAUGAAACAAUAUUUAAAAAAAUAUUCAGGUUAUUCUCUGCAAAGCAGCUUACAAGAACACAUAUUACGUCAUCAAUAUUUGUGUUCUUCCUUCCAAAUUGUGUUCCCUUGCCUACUAACCCUCAACUGUUACUAUAUAAAUGUUGGCAUUAUAUAGAUAUGUUGCUGUAUAUCAUACAAGUAUCAUUUCGAUUUGUUCAUGCUUAAAAAUAAAAUAACUUAAAACUA